GCAGCCAGUGGGUGUUGCAAAAGGAGGAGGGAAGGAGAGCAGGACUGUGAGCUUCGGAAGGAGGGAGGGAGGACGAGGAAAAGGCAGGGAAGCAGAGCCGGCAUUUCAGAGACAGAGACUCGAAAGAUAACAGGAUAUACGAAGCAGCCCCCCAGAUAAGCAGUUUUAGAAAGACACCGUGCAGAGGAGUCAGCCUGUGAGUCUGUGAGUCUGUGCAUCCGGGGGGUGAUACAGCUCUGUGUGCCUCCACGGUACUCCUGAGGCCGUGGCAGCCAUGGCGUCAGAGCCCAGCACCCAGUCCAGGGUGAUGUUCCAGGCGGGGGACAAAACAGAAGAGCCAGCACACCGUAAGCUGGGCAAGCUGACAGUGAAAUAUAACCGCAAGGACCUGCAGAGGAGGCUGGACAUUGAGGAGUGGAUUGACGGGCAGCUGCAAUUGCUGUUUGACUGUGAGGAGGAGGAGAUCCCAGAGUUAGAAAUUGACAUCGAUGAGCUCCUGGAGCUGCCAGAUGAGGGGCAAAGAAGUCGGUUGCAGGAGCUGCUGCAAGAAUGUGGAAAGCCAAAAGAGGACUUUAUCAACGGACUUCUCUACAGGAUAAAAGGUCUACGCAAAAUGUCAGGUCCCUUGAAGAAAUGACACUUGAUCAAAACAAGGAUUCAACACAACAGGAUUCUGUGUCUCUUUCCAUCUGCCAUGUGUUAACCAUCUGGAUGCCUGUAUGUGCAGUUUGUAUCUCAAAUGGACUCCCCGCCCGACUUCCCACUUCCUGGUUCAGUACACGUCUAAAACAAGAGAUUUUUUUUUAUGGAUUUAGUUCCCCCUUAAAGACUCCUCUAUUUUGUCUGCCUUUUGACAAACACAUGUGAAGGCUGGCAGAACAUUUCCAUGUGGCAAACUGUUGAUUCCCAGUUGCUUAUUUAUGUACAUAAGUAUUUUGUUCAGGUAACAGUGUUGUUGGAAUAAAACUGAACAUUUUCAAAACGA